AUGUCGCCAGCCAAACCAGCGUCAAGGUUACAAUCGGUCGGCGUAGGGCUGCUAGCCAUCAUAGCAGCUUUCCUCCUCUUCUGGCCCGGCCCCGGUGACGUUCCCCGGCGUCGCCUCGCCUUCAAACCUCUGAACAAGGCGCAGAUAUUCAAGAGCCCGUUCAAGGGCUUCAGCAAGGGCGUGCAGGACAUGAUUAACAAGCUCAAGCAGCGCGACCGCACCAUGGCGAAGUUCGUCGGGAACAGCGUCGAGACGAUGCCGAUCAGCGUCAACAUGACGCAGCAAGGCGUGCUCCUCGCGCUGAAAAAGGCCUGGGGAGGGAAUUUCUAUCAGUCGGAAACGUGGCUGCAGUCGGCGCAAGCCGAGCUCUGGUGGGGUGUGACGAUCAACGAAUUUGGAGCUGUUACAGCGUUGGAGUUACCACGUGCGGAGAUCACCGGCCCACUCCCGAUGCUGCUGACGAAGCUCACUGGGCUGACCUCGCUGGACCUCAGGGGGAACCACUUGAGAGGAAGCAUUCCGAAAGGGCUACUCGCGGCUUUACCCGGUCUGCAGUCGCUGUACCUCAGCGAUAAUAACCUCGUUGGCGAGUUUCCUUUUAACGAGGUUUUCAGGAGGCCGGUUGUUCCCAUGGCGAUGUUGCAAAUUGACGGUAACGUCUUCACGGGGACCAUCGCCGACGACGUUUUCGCGAAUGCGACGUCGCUGCAGUCGCUCGGCCUCUCCGCCAACAAGUUCUCCGGGGCGAUUCCCUCCAGCCUCGGCAACUGUCGGCAAAUCUCAGCCAUCGAUCUGAGCGACAACCAGUUUACGGGGCAGAUUCCAGGAAGCAUAGCUGGCCUCCCUGCACUGUCAAUCUUCGACGUCGGUCAGAACAAACUUUCUGGGGUCAUUCCGGAUUUCUUGGGCAACUUCCCAAACAUGAUGAACCUCGACUUGAGCAACAACCAGUUCUACGGGGUCGUUCCGGCAACAUUUUCCAAGUUCGGGCAGACUUUGCGGGCAGUGAAGCUGGCCAACAAUUUUCUCACGGGUCCACUGCCUCAAUUUCCGAACCUUGGGCAGGGCUGUGGCUCUCCGGGUCCUGAUGGCUCCGACAGCAUCUCGUGCUACAUGUUCAGCGUUCUCCUGGACUUAUCCGUCUGCCCUGCUGAGUAUCCUGAGAAGGUUCUGGUGGAGGGGAACUGUCUCACGACUGACGGUGUGGGGGAUGCGGAGUGUACAGCUGAGGGUCAGAGGCUUCCUGAGCAGUGUAGCGCGUUCUGCGGAACAGGGACUCCAGUGGGCCAAUGUGGCGGCAAUGGGGUGUGUGUUGUGGAUACGUCGGUGGCAGCAGCAGCCAAGCCGAAAUAUGUGUGCAAGUGUGACAACGGGUUCCAGGCUCCUGCUGGUAAUCCUUUGACAUGUGUGGCAGCUGCUUGA